CUAGCACCUAGACACAGCAGCUUUCGAUAAGCUAUUUACAAUCAGAAGAACGAUCAUUCGAACGUGAUAGACUCGAGAACCGGAAGCUGAUUGGAUAGGAGGAUGCAAUGGACGGGGGUAGAAGCGACCGUUCUGGCAAAAGGCAAAGGUUCUCCCACGGGGUCAAUAAAUCCUCCUCGGACACUGAGCUAGCGCAGGGUAAAAGUAAAAAUCGAAAGAGUAAAUCGAAGGAAAAAUGGCCCUUAUUGGAAGGGCUGACAGUCGACGAAUUGGCUCGUUAUCGAAGAAGACGUAUACAGGGACAACCAAAAGACAAUCUUGGACUUAACGUCGAGGUUGGAAACGAAGAUCACGUGUCCGAGUAUCGUGAAGCUUUUCGUGCGAGAAGCGAAGAGUUCCUAAAGGAAAAUACCUGGUUGGAAAGUAAUAAACGAAUCGAAGAUUUUCGGACAAAGGAUUCAAUCGAGGAUAGGAGAGUUUCAGACCAAAAAGGCGUCAAAGAACAAGAGGAGAAACAUACAGAGCUUCCAAUUGAAAAUACAAAGGACGAGACUUCUUUAGAGCAGAUGAAUAACGAUAAAACGAUGGAGACUGAAGCAACGAAUCCCAAACUCGCAAGCCACACCAAUCCUCCUAAACGACCUUUUUUGAUCAGAAGGGGCACUACAUUAAAACAUGACGGAGAAUUGUACACGGAUACCGAAACCUAUUCGUCAUACGUUGGCUACGAAGGUCAGCAUAAGCGCGAGCUAGCUCGUAGGCCCACGUCUUUAAAAAUGGAAGGCGAUUUAGAAACGACCACUGAGAAAUGCGAGAAAUUCAUCCAGUGGCUGAACGUUAGCCGACCGGAACUUAUGCGUGUGCCUACGCAUUUAAAACUCGAGGGUGAAUUUGAAACUACCACGGAAAAUCACGAAAAAUAUGUGCCAUUUGUAGGUAUUCGAAGACCGGAGCUAUUAAGGCAGAACACUAAUUUGAAAUUAAAUGGAGAGGCUAAUUUCGUGGCAGAAUACGCCGAUGUGUUUAAAAAACAUAACAACAAAGAACGUUCACGACCAAUAAAACCUGAAAUUCAUCUGAAGACCGGGAACUCCUUUUUUCAAAGUACUGAGCACACAGAUAACUUUAUUGAUUCUCAUACUAAAGAGCCGCAAUUGACGAGUGAAUCGAACAAAGCUGCCGAAGAAGCGGAGAAAAAGCAAAAGAAAUUAAUGGAGAAAAAGGAAAAAAACGAGGAACUGGAAAUGUUGGUCUCGAAGUUAGAAGACCUAAAGUGUCCACCGCUUGAAAUUCCGGAAUAUAAAGACGCGUACAAGGAUUUUCCAAGGGAGAGACCUAAAAUCGUAAAGCCAGAAGAUGAAAUUGGACGAGCGGAUGGCACGAAAAUAUCAUCUCCCUCACCUACGUUCAGAUUUACAUCGAAAAUUGAUCAAGAUCCGGAAUACAAGUCGAAAUAUUUAGAUUAUCAAAGAGACCACCCAGUAUAUCGAAAGCCACCGUUGAACUUGAGAUCAACGUACAUUCUUCCGAAAUAUACACGUUUCGGUAGACAAGAGCCCAAACGACAUGAUCACGAGUUCACAAGUGAAGUUCGGGCCCAAUAUAUUCCUUAUGGUCAUAUACCAAGAGUUGAAACUUUAAAAAUGCCGACCAACUUACGUUUGGAGGGUAAUCUUGAUCUUGAACCGGAAUAUAAGACAGCUUAUUGUUCGAAACGUGAGAAUCAGUUACAAAACGAACUGAGAAUGCAUCGUAGACGAGAUCGUAGUUUAAGCGCUUCCAGACGAAAAGAAAAUUAUUGGAUAAAUAAUGCAGACCAAUUUGGUUUCACAAAUGCCGCUCAAGAUCAGGACGCGUUCCAAGUGCUACAUACUCGAGUUCAUGAAGAUAAUGUCUAUGGAAAACCACCAACAGGUGGCCAAAGGAGUUCAAAAUCUUCGCAAACACAUAUGCAAAGACAAACACAGGUAAAUAUGCCAGAAUGUACCAGAGUGAAAGAUAGAUCAACUAGUCCAACAUACCGACUUCAUGUCUGUAAUGUCGAUGAUGAACCCAGAGGUUUCCGACGCAGACGUUCGCCACCAUUUCAGUCUUCCGGAAGGACACAUAAUCCUUCACCAGAUUCUGUACUUCAAAAUAAUACUAUCAGACCAUAUUCUCCUAGUUUUGGUAAAAGCACCAAGCAACACUCUAAUGGUCAAUCAUUUGUUAUUUUGGAUAAUGGAAUCUUUGAUACAAAUAAAAAUGAUAUUCGCAGAAGGCAAACAGAUAGAAAUUACAAUAUUGAUGGUACUCUCCCCAUUUCUAGAAAAAGAGCAAAACCUCCAGCAAAUUGGAUGCCACCAUGGUAUGAUAGUACAAAUACUAUCUAAAUUAAUGAACACAUAUUAAAUGUACAAAAUUAAAUGUACAAUUAAAAGGGCUUUGUACUUUUUAAUAUACUGAUCAAGAACAAUAAAGUUUCUGUAUAAAUAUAAA